AAACCGAAACAUCAUCUGAAAUCUUUAUCCAAAGAUGCCUGGCAGCGCUUAAAAAACUUGAAUGAUCGCUCAAAUAGGCGACUUCACUUAGAGCUACGGAGGAGUAUAUCCCAGGAUCCUUUUAUAGACAAUAACGAAGCUGGCACCUUGCUAAUACCCAUAGUCCCUGAAGAUAAACCCCCAAAUCGAUCAACUGGAACUAUACCCAAGAAACCCAAAGAAACUAAUCUUGAUUCAGAGAACCAAACUAGCCCAGUGACUCGCUUCAGACACUCACAAUUUCAACGCGACCUACGCAUCCAUCCUUUUACCGACACAGAACCCAAUGUGGACAGAAAGCCAAAGGACACAGAAGUAGAGGAAGACAUAGCCAAAAUGCCAAGUGAUAAAGAAAGCCAAGAAACAAAACCACUGAACAAUAACAACACAAAUGGAAAUGGCAGUGCCUCGAGCAAGCCGAAGAUCCAGCCAAAAUACAGCAUCCAUCGGGAUGUUCUCACCCACGAGGUGGUGAUCAAGCAAACGGGCUAUGCGGCUCGGGACAAGAGCAUACCCUCCUCGCUGCGCAACUGCUGGUAUACCUGGAGCUUCUUCUCGCUCUUCACCGGCGUAAUACCCAUCCUGCAAUGGCUGCCCAAAUACUCGCCGAGAAGGGAUCUGCCUGGCGAUAUUAUUGCUGGCUUCACGGUGGCCAUCAUGAACAUACCCCAUGGCAUGGCGUAUGGUCUGUUGGCUGGAGUUUCAGCCGGAAAUGGACUCUACAUGGCCGUGUUUCCGGUGCUCGUUUACAUGUUCCUAGGCACCUCCAAGCACAUUUCUAUAGGCACUUUUGCAGUGGCUAGUAUGAUGACCCGCAAAGUGGUGGACACGUACUCCAAUGUGGAGGAUCAUCCACAUUACGCGGUAUCUGUGACGAAUGCUCCGACGUCUCCCCUGGCCCUGCUUAAUGCCACGGCUACUAUUCUGCCGGCGGAUCCCAUCACAAAGCUGGAGGUGGUCACCUCAUUGGCCCUGACCGUGGGCAUUGUAAACCUCCUCAUGGCCUUCCUUAGACUGGGCACCUUGGCCUCCCUGCUGAGUGAUCCUCUGGUCAAUGGCUUUACCACGGCAGCAGCUUGUCAUGUGGUCACAGCCCAGCUAAAGGAUGUGUUGGGCAUUUCGGUUGCCCGCUACAAGGGCGCCUUUAAGAUUAUAUACACCCUGAUCGAUGUCAUUAAGGGCGUGCCCGACACCAACCUGGUGAACUUUGGUUUCUGCGUGGGAGUCAUAGUAUUUAUGACCAUCUGCAAUGAGUGCCUGAAACCCUGCCUGAGCAAGCGUUGUCGCUUCCCUUUUCCCGCCGAGCUAAUCAUGGUUAUUGGCGGCACCCUGAUCUCCAAGUGGUUCGAUCUGCACGAUGAGUUCGAUGUGAAUCUGGUGGGAAAUAUACCCAGCGGUCUGCCGGAACCUGUCAUGCCUCGUUUGGAUCUGGUGUCCAAGGUGGCGGUGGACUCGAUAGCAAUUGCCGUUGUCACUUAUUCCAUAAUUAUGUCCAUGGGGCUGACGUUUGCCAAAAAGCAUGGCUAUGAAGUGCGGGCGAAUCAGGAACUGUUUGCCAUGGGCGUUGGCAAUGUUGUUGGUGGGUUUUUCUCCUGCAUUCCCAUGGCGUGCUCCUUGUCGCGUUCUGUUAUACAGGAUCAAACUGGAGGAGUGUCGCAGAUUGCAUCAUUGGUUUCCGCCUCGCUGGUGGUGGUCACCCUCAUGUGGAUUGGUCCUUUCUUUAGCAGUUUGCCCAGGUGUGUCUUAGCUGGUGUUAUCAUAGUGGCCUUAAAGCCCAUGUUUAUGCAGGCCCGAGAGCUUAAGAAGUUCUCUAAACAAGGCAAGCUGGAAAUGUUCACCUGGAUAUCCACCUUCCUCUGCGUGGUACUCAUCGACAUUGACAUUGGUCUCCUGAUAGGCAUCUGCAUCUCUCUGCUGGCCCUGUACAUCAAGGGUUUGAAGCCCUACUCCUGCCUUUUGGGCUACAUGCCCGAGGCUCCAGGCGUCUACAUGGAUCUCAAUCAGCAUCGCAAUGCCAUGCAAGUGCCGGAGACUCGCAUUUUCCGUUACAGUGGAUCACUGAACUUUGCCACAAGUCUGUUCUUCCGAAGAGCCCUGUACGAGGCCGUAGGCCUGGACAAGAUUCCCCCCACCAAGAGCAGCGAUAACAGCAACAGCAACAGCAAAAGUCCCAGCAGAGGCAGCAAGUCCAGCUACUCUCCUGUAUCACAGAAUGGCGGCAAAGCUGUGAGUGUCCAGUUCACAGAGUCCACGCCCAGUGCCUUCAAGGUGCUCAUCCUGGAUUUCUCGAUGCUGGGGCACAUUGAUGUGGCCGGCUGUCGUACUCUCAGCGAUGUGAGCAAGGAGCUAAAGGCGAGAGGAGCUCGCCUGCUGCUGGCCAGUCCCGUGGAUCGGGUGUACGAUACCCUGGUGCACAGUAUGGCCCUCAGCGAGGGACCUUUUGAGAUCUUCCCCACGCUGCACGAUUGCGUGGAGUAUGCCAAUGCCUGCCGAACGGCGUGAGAGGAUGAAACUGCUCCUGGGUCUUCUGAAAAUGAGGAUCCUGGGGCCAGUUUGAAGUUUUGUGAUAUGUCCAAGUGAUAGCUUGUGAAUCGUAGCACCAAAACCCCUUCCUAGUUGCUAAAGACGUAUAUUUUUUGUAGGAAACUGAAUAGAAACAAAGUCGCCGUCUACAAUCAAGCAGAUUAAGCUAAGUUUGUCUAAGUGCCUCCGAAACCCAAAAUGUAGAUUUUUGUACUUAAAGCAUACACACAGAGCCCACCAGUUAAGGCAAGCGAGGAACUUGAAGCGAUCAGGGAUCGAGCGAUCAAUGAUUUCGUGCAAUUGGUACCAAAAUGAACAAUUCUAAUUCACACACACACAAGUAGCUUUUAAGGUUCAUAUACAUAUGUAUGGAGAUGUAUAAACUGUACAUAAUUAUUAAAAUGAAAUUGUUGUA